GACGCCGACUUUCGCUACAUCGCCCGCUGUCCGUCAUUCUUGUUGAGCUUUUGGGAGCGUGGUUCAUUGCACUUCGUCCGGGCCCGAAUUGAUACUUUUGCCUAAUUUCGAACAUAAUCACCGCUUGGUCGUCUCAACCGAGCUUCAUAUCGCAUCCUCCCCUCGAAGAGCUCGGCCUUGAAAAGCAUGGCGAACCAGCCCCAAACCAUCCCCAACGGAAUAGACAAGUACCUUGUCAUUCACGUAGCGACAACAUGCGACGAGCAUGGCGUAUAUGUGACCCGGGACUCCGCCGAAGUUAUUGAGAUCGGAUGGAUACUGCUGGACGCGAAGACAUUGGAGGAGUUGCACCGCGAUAGCGUUUUGGUCAAACCUGUGAAUACGCCGAUAACACCUCUCUGCACUUCCCUUACCACCCUGACCUGGGAGCAUGUCCGCAACUCAGGGUCGUUCCGCGAUGCCAUAAACCUCUUCGACCAAUUCGCUCAGGAACAUCUCAUGCAGAACAAUGCCGAGUUUGCCUUCGUGACCCUCGACUCCUGGGACCUCCGAGUCCAGCUACCCCGAGAGGCUCGAGACAAGGCGGUCGUCCUCCCCGCAUACCUGCAGCACUCCCGCACCUUCGACCUUCGCUCCGAGUAUCAACGAUGGCAGCAACACCAUCCCGAGUCCCUGCCGUUUGGAGCCAGCGCCCUGACCAACAUCUGUGCCGCCCUCGAAGUCGAACCGGUCCAGUCCAGCGCUCCGAUCAAACACAACCUCCCCUUCCAUCUGCAAGCCCUCGCUCCGGCUUCUCCGCGUCGGGCUAUGGAAGAGACCGUGACGCUUGCCCGCGUGCUCCGUGGCCUCAUCCGCAAAUCCCAGCCGGCACAGACCCAUGAGGAUAUCUUGACCCGUCCGCUGGACGCUCGCGCCGAUGUCCGGGCCUUCAUGGCGGAGCGCAGCAAGGUGCUGCAUAUGAGCGGAUUACCCCAUGAUACCACCCAGUCCGAGUUGGAAAGCUGGUUCACCCAGUUCGGCGGCAGACCCAUCGCAUUUUGGACGUUGCGAACCCCCGACCAGCACAAGCCUACAGGGACGGGAUUUGCAGUGUUUUCGUCGCAUGAAGAGGUGAGUGAGACGGUUUCUUCUCUUUCUGCUUCCGGACCGCACCUUCGUCUGAUUGCCUUCGCACCUUCCCCCUUAGCGACAGUCCCGUGACCUUCAAUGACUCUGCUCUAUUUUCCUUAUCUGACGAUUUUGCGCAUGACUUCAUGUCAUUCAUUGAUUCACUUCCUCUAUCUGAGAUUUUGCCUCUUCACCAUCCUCGCUCGUUGUCUUUUCAUCA